AUCCCAGCACCUCCACUCCGUCCCUAGCGGGUCUCUUCUGUGUGCAAUGGACGGCAUUGUCCCAGACAUAGCAGUUGGUGCAAAGCGGGGAUCAGACGAGCUCUUCUCUACCUGUGUCACUAACGGACCCUUUAUCAUGAGCAGCAGCUCAGCCUCUGCAGCAAACGGAAAUGACAGCAAAAAGUUCAAAGGUGACAACAGAAAUACAGGUGUGCCCUCCAGAGUGAUCCAUAUCCGGAAGCUUCCCAGUGAUGUCACCAAGAGCAAGGUUAUUUCCCUGGGACUGCCUUUUGGGAAGGUCACCAACCUCUUGAUGCUGAAAGGGAAAAACCAGGCCUUCAUUGAGAUGAACACAGAGGAGGCAGCCAACACUAUGGUGAACUACUACACCUCGGUGACACCUGUGCUCCGUGGCCAGCCCAUCUACAUCCAGUUCUCCAACCAUAAGGAACUUAAGACUGACAGCUCACCCAACCAGACACGGGCCCAGGCCGCCUUGCAGGCAGUGAACUCGGUUCAGUCUGGGAACCUGUCUGCUGCCUCAGCUGCUGCUGUGGAUGCUGGGAUGGCGAUGGCUGGCCAGAGUCCAGUGCUCAGGAUCAUUGUGGAAAACCUCUUCUACCCAGUCACCUUGGACGUGCUUCACCAGAUUUUCUCCAAGUUUGGCACAGGUUUGAAGAUUAUCACUUUCACCAAGAACAAUCGGUUCCAGGCACUGCUGCAGUAUGCUGAACCCGUGAGCGCUCAGCAUGCUAAGCUGUCGCUGGAUGGGCAGAACAUCUACAAUGCUUGCUGUACACUCCGCAUCGACUUCUCUAAGCUCACCAGCCUCAAUGUGAAGUACAACAAUGACAAGAGCCGAGACUACACCCGUCCUGACCUGCCCUCUGGUGACAGCCAACCCUCUCUGGACCAGACCAUGGCCGCAGCCUUUGGCCUCUCUGUUCCCAAUAUGCAUGGGGCCCUGGCCCCUCUGGCAGCGGCGGCGGCGGCAGCUGGCCGGAUCGCCAUCCCAGGCCUGGGAGGGGCUGGAAAUUCUGUCCUGCUGGUCAGCAACCUCAACCCUGAGAGAGUCACACCCCAAAGCCUCUUUAUUCUUUUCGGCGUGUAUGGCGAUGUGCAACGGGUGAAGAUUUUGUUCAAUAAGAAGGAGAAUGCCUUGGUACAGAUGGCAGAUGGGAGCCAGGCCCAACUGGCCAUAAGCCACCUUAACGGACAUAAGCUGCAUGGAAAGCCUGUGCGCAUUACCCUCUCCAAACACCAAAAUGUACAGCUGCCCCGGGAGGGCCAGGAGGACCAGGGCCUCACCAAAGACUAUGGGAACUCACCCCUCCACCGCUUCAAGAAGCCUUUCUCCAAGAACUUCCAGAACAUCUUCCCACCCUCAGCCACCCUGCACCUUUCCAACAUUCCGCCCUCCAUAACUGAGGACGACCUCAAGAUGCUCUUCUCCAGCAACGGCGGAAUUGUCAAAGGGUUCAAGUUCUUCCAGAAGGAUUGCAAGAUAGCGCUGAUCCAGAUGGGCUCAGUGGAGGAGGCCAUCCAGGCACUCAUCGACCUACACAACCACGACCUGGGAGAGAACCACCACCUGCGGGUGUCCUUCUCCAAGUCCACUAUCUAGGCUCCCCACCAAGGACCAGCCUGCCGGGUAGUCCUGGCAACAACUUCCAUCAUUCCAGAAAAUAGCCACUUUAAAAAGCAGCUGAAGUGACCUUAAAAAGACCAGAGAUUUUAUUUUUUUUUAAGAGAAAAUCAGUUUACCUGUUUUUAAAAAAAUUAAAUCUAAUUCACCUUGCUCACCUUUGGGAGAUAGGGUGCCAGCCUCAGGCUCUUGGUGACCCGCGGACAAUAUGCCUACCCCUUUGCAGCCUGCAGGGUGGGUGUUCCCAAGCCUCCAUUCAGCUUUCUUGUGCCUUAAAACCCACUGCUUUGGCAGGGCCUUUUUUUUGCAGUAGAAAUACAUAGGGGUUUGGGGACAGGAGACUGCUUCCCCACAGGGAUCAUGUGCCUGGCAUGGCAGGAGGCUGCCAGCUGCAGGGUCGGCAGGCAUCCUAAUCCUCCAUUUAAUCAAGAAUGUUGAUUCUCUCCUUUCCCUGCCCCUGGCUUGAGGUGCCCCUUCUGGGCCAAGACCAUCUAGGGUGCAUCCCUGGCACUUCUUCAGCUUGGAGCUUUGUUUUAUAAUAAGUCUUUGUAUUGUGCUUUUAUGCAGUUGCAGACAUCUGUGCCUAGCAAUAUUCCAGUUGACCAAAUAUUCUAAUCUUCAUUUAUAUGCAAAAGAAAUAGUUUUAAGUAACCUUUUAUAUAGCAAGAUGAUAAAAAUGGUAUGUGUAAUCUAAAUUUCUUCCUUAUAUGACCUGUAUACUGUACUUUUUAUUUUAUUCCUUGUAAUUAAGUUGCAGGGCAGGAUCUAGUUUCAGGGCAGACGCAGUGGGGCCGGCCACUGCGGAGCCUGGGUUCUUCCUAGAAAGCCCCAGGCCUGCGACCUUCAGAUGUCUUACACACAGCCUGUCCUCUGUCUGGGAGGACAAGGGCUCUCUUAAACUUUCAGGGUUUCUUUUUUCCUGCAAAUCAUGGACCAAAGUUGUUUGUUUUUUGGUUUUUUUUCUGCCUCUAACUCUGAGACCCAUUAAGGUGGGACAAUAGCCCUCAAGUCUUAACUGUAUCCUAUACCUUGUAUAGUCCUUACUCAUGGGUCCAAAGGGCUUCCCUGUGCACAAACCUUGUGCUGGCUGGCUCCUCUUCCUGGGCCUGGACCCCAAGUGUUCAUGUUGGGGCGGGGACAAGGGAUUAAAUAUUUAUAAUUUUUUAUACCUGUUGUAAGACAUGAGGGGCAGCAAAUACAGUUUUUUAUGGUGACACAGAUGUAUAUUUUGAUACCAGCAAUUACAGGCUCAGUAUUGUAAUGUGGAGCAUGGCACAUUCUGUUGCCUGCCUUACAGCUUGUAAUGUUGAGAAAACUGAAUUAAAAGCGAUUUUAUAACAACUUUUGCCUUUUCUGCAGGCUUUCUAUUCACAUUGUAGAAGGCAGUUUGGCUAGUCUGUACUGGACUUUGAAUAAACUCUUCUGUAUCCUGCAAAAAAAA